AUGCUGUUGCAGGUCCUGUAUACCAAGUUCAAGAAACCCUUCUGGCAGCGCGGCAACUUCCCGCUCAGCAUGUCCAACGGCACUGCGUACGUCGAUCCGUGGACCAAGUCCGGCGGCAGCCCUUCCACCCCGUUCGACCAGCCGUUCUACCUGAUCCUCAAUGUGGCUGUUGGUGGCAGUGACGGGUGGUUUCAGGAUGGGAAGGAUGGAAAGCCUUGGGUGGACAACAGCCGCAAUGCGAGGGUCACCAUUUGGAAUGACCGUGAGAAAUGGGUGGAAUCGUGGAAGGAUGCAAUGGGCAGGGGCCUAGCGGGGAGCUGCGUGUGA